GUUCACCUAAUCAAGCGGCAGCUCUUUUCACUGCAAUGGGAUUUGGAAGUGUCUUUUCAAGAGUAGUUGCAGGAAUGAUGGCCUCAGAUUCGAAAAUUCCAUACAUGAUUCUCCAAGUAGGUUUUACUGGUAUAUCGGGAAUGUUGCUUCUGUCGUUCCCUCUUUAUUCCUACACAUAUAACACACAGCUGGUGUUUGGGAUUCUGUAUGGGACAUACAGCCAAGGUGUAAACACUCUGGUGGGUCCUAUUGUUCUUGACUUGGUUACACUGAAGGAUGUCCCAGUGGCAUAUGGGUUUGUGUAUUACUCGAUGGGAGUUGGAUACAUACUCGGACCUCCAUUGGCAAGUUGGAUUUUCAGACUGAGCAUGGUUUAUGAUUUUACCUAUGUAUUUGCAGGGACGUGCUUGAUGGUCAGUUCGGUGUCUGCUGCGUUAGUAAACAUUGUGAAAAGACGGUAGUUCAAUUAUUCUUCAACGAAAAUGUGAUGGUAACCCCCUUUCUAGGCUGUGGAUUCAGUAGAGACCCUGUCUGAUUGUUCAGAAUGAUCAGCGAUCAGAAAGAAUGACGUUUGUUGUUUAUCACAAGAUUCAACACAAUCCAAGCUGCAUCAUAUCAUCAAGCUGUCACGGAUGGUAUUCGC